CUGAAAUGAACUUCACACUUCAAAAUUUUCCUUAUUUGAUAAAUAAUCUACAUAAAAAAAAGUGCCAAACAGUGUCAAAAAGUAUUCAAGUGUCAAACAGUAUUUAAACAAUGCAAAAUAGUGCACUCUAUAGUAAAGUCAAAUUUAUUUUUUUCUAUGUGAAGUCUAAGAGCCCGUUUGGAGAACUCUGUUUUCGGCUUAUCAGGCUUAUCAGCCAGCUUUUUCACCAAACACGUAACUUUUACUUUCGCGCGCUGAAUUGUGUAAUAAGCCGAAAAAGUAAGGUUGGAGUUACUUUUCUGGCUGUAUUGGUUGAAGUUACUGUAGAGGACCAUUUUAGCUAUUUUUACAUAUAAUUUUUUCUUUAAUUUAUUAAUAAAAUAUAUUUUUAAAAUAUUUUUUUCUUAAAUCAGCAGAAUCAGCCAAAACAGCCACUCCAGCCAGAAUAUCAUAAAUUUCAACAGAAUCAGCCAAAACAGCCGAUUUUGGUGCUACCAAACGGGCUCUAAGUUUUGGGGCGGAGGAAGUAUGUCUUAUGUAUGUAUAGUAGUCUUCUUCCUCGGUACAGUUUGCUUAUCUUUAUCAUCAUGCAUAUUACGUUAAGCCGCCGGCCUCUGUCUGCUCGAUCUUCAUAUAUACUAGCCUCCACUUGGUUGCAAAGAAAUUAACCCCAAUCCAAUACCCGUAUAGUUCUGCGCUGCUAUCCAAAAAAACGUACACAUUUUCAUGCACAUGAUGAUCGAUCAGUAAGAGCUAGCUAGCUAGCUAGGUGUUUCAUUUUUCUGUGCUUUUAGUCAGUCAGCAACAAAUUACAGUAAAAUGGAAGAAGAGGCUGCUGCUUCCUCUGCAGUUUGGCCUAAGACUAGUGACCUUGCCGAUAUAGUCUUCUCAUGGUCUCUCGAAAACAUUUUCGACGACACCCUCUACCAAAAACAGGUUAAGAAGAUUCCAUGCACAUUCCGUUUAUGGGAUCAUUACCUUGGUUGCUAUACAUUUCCUUUACUGGAAGAAACACGAGCAACCGUUGCUUCUUCAUUGGAAGUAAUGGACAAAGCGCCAUUUGCUCAAGUCAACUCUUUUGAACUGUCAAAGGGGCGUGGGAAGGGUGUUCAUUAUAGCAUCAAGGUGGAAUCCUGGAAGAGAAGGGUUAAUGAUGAAGGGGAGCGGUACAAAACAUUGCCCGGAGACUUACUGCUGAUCUCGGAUGGUAAACCGGAGACUGUCUCCGAUUUGAAUCGUGUGGGAUGGAAUUGGACAUUUGCUUCAGUUGCUUAUGUGAAAGAUGAUGAUGAUGAUGACAUGCCGUCUACUUGUUUUAAAGUGAAAAUGCCCAUAGAUUUUGGAGACUUAACAGGAGACCAUGCAACCAUCCAUACCGUUUUCUUAGCGAACCUCACAACAAAUAAAAGAAUUUGGAAUGGUCUAGGAAUGAAAAGGAAUUUGAACAUCAUUAACACUGUUCUACACACAAGUGCCGAGGAUGAAGAAGAAUGCCAUAACUGCUCUCCUCAUGCUCAUGUAAGAUCAUCAUCAACUGAGAAUGUAGAGGACAGCCUGUUGUCCAAGCUGAACGAGUCUCAAGCCAACGCAGUACUAACUUGUCUUGAAAGGGUGAAAUGUGAUCAAAAGUCUCACGUUGAUCUUAUAUGGGGCCCACCUGGUACUGGGAAGACAAGUACCGUCAGUGUACUUCUGUUUAUGUUGUUGAAGAAAAAGUGCAGGACGCUGAUUUGUGCACCUACAAAUGUGGCAAUAACACAAGUUGCCUCUCGGGUGAUAAGGCUUGUACAAGAAUCUUAUAGAGAUGAUUCACCAGAGGAGAAUCUGUUAUGUCCUUUGGGUGAUGUGGUCCUGUUUGGAAACAAGGACAGAUUGAAGCUAGGCGAAUACACUGAGGAGAUGUAUCUAGAUUAUCGUGUUGACAAGCUUCGUGAAUGUUUUGGAUUACUGACAGGUUGGAGACACUGCAUUAGUUCUGCUAUUUCUUUUCUGGAAGGUUCUGUUUCUGAUUAUGAGAUCUUCGAGGAAAAUAAAUUAAUAGAAAAGAAAGAGUUAAUUGAGAAAGGUGAAACCUUAGAUGAAACUGUGGAGCCGAUGUCCUUUUCUGAAUUUCUUAAGUCGCGGUUCGAGGGUGCAUUUUUAUCCCUCAGAAGAUGCAUGCUAACAAUGUGCACUCAUAUCCCAAGGCAUUUCAUCCGAGAACGCAAUUUCCAAUCAAUCAUUUCCCUGGUUUGUCUUGUGGAUGCUCUGAAAGAUGCUUUAUUCGAGAAUAAUACAAUGACUGAUGAAGAACUGAACGUAGCUUUUUCACAACCAGUAACCUCUGAAGAUUCCCCCACCAACACAUCUUCUUUGGCCUGGUUGAUAAUCCAGUGCCUCUCCAUUCUGAAAACCCUUAUACAAAUUCUUGGAGAACUUGAAUUUCCAAGUUCAUUAAGUAGGGCAUCGAUAAUGGAUUUCUGUUUAAGGUUACCAUAUUUGGUCUUCUGCACCUCUUCAAGUUCUUUCAAGCUGCAUUCAGUCGAAAUGGAUCCAUUCAAAUUAUUAGUCAUUGAUGAAGCUGCUCAGUUAAGGGAAUGUGAAUCUAUCAUACAACUUCAACUCCCAGGGCUAAAGCAUGCAAUUCUAGUAGGGGAUGAGUGCCAACUACCUGCAGUUGUUCAUAGCAAAGUGUCUAAUGAGGCUGGUUUCGGAAGAAGCUUAUUUGAAAGGCUAAGUUCAUUGGAUCACCCAAAGCUCAUGCUUGAUGUCCAGUACCGUAUGCAUCCAGCAAUAAGCCGAUUUCCAAAUUCGUGUUUCUAUCAUAAUCAGUUGCACGAUGCUCCCAAUGUGCUACGAAAAAACUAUGAGAGGCAGUAUCUUCAAGGAAGUAUGUUUGGUCCAUAUUCUUUUAUAAGUCUCCCUAACGGAAAGGAAGAAUUUGGUGAUAUUGGAUAUAGCAAAAGGAAUAUGGUUGAGGUUGCUAUAGUCAUUAAAAUAGUGCAGAACCUGUUCAAAUUUUGGUGUGACACGGGUAAUAAGCUUAGCAUUGGUGUCAUAUCUCCCUAUGCUGCUCAAGUUAUUGCCCUGAAACAUAAAAUUGGAAGAAAGUAUGACAACUUUGAUGGCUUUGCGGUUAAGGUUAAGUCUAUUGAUGGCUUCCAAGGUGGGGAGGAAGACAUCAUAAUAUUAUCUACUGUGAGAUCUAAUCGUGCUGGAACUAUUGGUUUUAUGUCUAGUUUGCAAAGAACUAAUGUUGCCCUGACCAGAGCCCGCCACUGUCUAUGGAUAUUGGGAAGCGAGAGGACCCUAAUUGAUAGCAAUUCAGUUUGGCAGGAGUUGGUUCAAGAUGCAAGGAAACGCCAUUGUCUCUUCUCUGCCUCCGAUGAUUGUGACCUGUCAAACACGAUUUUGAAAGUCAAGAAAGAACUGGAUCAACUUGAUGACCUGCUUAAUGCAGACAGCAUCUUAUUCAAGAAUCAGAGAUGGAAUGUUCUUUUAAGUGACAAUUUCAAAAGAUCAUUUAAAAACUUGGUGUCAACCCAUUUGAAAAAGGCAGUGCUAAAUCUUUUCCUUAAACUUGCUGGUGGAUGGAGACCAAAGAGAAAAACUGUGGACUUGACAUGUCAGAGCUCAUCACAGAUUGUGAAGCAGUUUAAAGUUGAAGGGCAAUAUAUAGUCUGCACUGUUGACAUUCAGAGAGAAUUGAAAUACACUCAAAUUCUGAGGGUUUGGGAUUUGUUACCUCUUGAUGAGGUUGGAAAAUUAUUGAGACGCCUUAAUAGCAUCUUUGCGAUGUACACCGAUGAUUUUAUCAAUAUGUGCAGCCAUAAAUGUCUAGAUGGUGACUUGGAAGUUCCAAAGGUUUGGCCAGCUUCUCAGGAUCUUGUAAGAUUCAAGAAUCUUAGCGAGAGAUUGGCUGAUAGCUCAAAUGAAAGUGUGGCGGGGGAUGGCAGAAGUUACAUUGAAAACUCAAGAGUGAGUGAAAGCUUACUCUUGAUGAAGUUUUACUCUUUAUCAUCUGGCACUGUCAAUCAUUUGCUCUCUGAUAAUCUUGGUGAAGAAAUUGAUAUCCCUUUUGAAGUUACGGAUGAGGAAAAGGAGAUAAUCAAAUCACGAAGGAGUAGUUUCAUACUGGGCCGAUCGGGCACUGGUAAAACCACUGUGUUGACCAUGAAAUUGUUUCAAAAUGAGCAACAACAUCAUCUUUCCUUAGGUGGGGUGAUGAAAGCGGAGUCAAAUAGUGAGAUCAGCAAGCAUGCAGGAGAAGAUAGCUCUUCAAAAGCUGAGAACACAAUAAUGUGCCAAUCCGAAAAUAUGACUAGUGCCUUGAGGCAGCUUUUUGUCACUGUUAGUCCAAAGCUGUGCUAUGCAGUAAAACAACAAGUUUCUCAUCUCAAAUGCUUUGCUCAAGGGGGGAAAUUGUCUGAUGGGAACAGUCUGUUGGAUAUGAUGGAUGAUUUGGACGGGUUGUCUCAUUUUAAAGAUAUUCCAGAUUCUUUUGUUUCCAUUCCUGAAACAAAAUAUCCCCUUGUUAUCACAUUUCGGAAGUUCUUGAUAAUGCUUGAUGGAACCUUGCAGUCUUCAUACUUUGACCGUUUCCAAGACAAGAACACCCCUUCUCUGGAUGCAGAAACUUUCAUAAGACGAAAAGAGGUUAACUUCGAUCGCUUUUCUUGCUUGUAUUGGCCUCAUUUCAACUCCAAGUUGACCAAGAAUCAUGAUGCUGCAAAGGUGUUUACUGAAAUAAUUUCACAUAUAAAAGGGGGAUUACGCAUAGGUGAAGCCCAUGAUACCAAACUCAGUCGUGCUGAAUAUGUUUCAAUGACUGAGAGUAGAGUAUCAACUUUGAAUGAGAAAAGAAGAGACGAAAUCUAUGAUAUCUUUCUCUACUAUGAAAAAAAUAAGAUGGAGCGAGGUGAAUUUGAUUUAGCUGAUUUAGUGAAUGAUCUUCAUUUUCGGUUAAAUGAGAAAAUAUGGGUGGGUGAAAGAAUGGAUUUUGUAUAUAUUGAUGAAGUUCAAGAUCUUACAAUGAAACAGAUUUCACUGUUCAAGUAUAUUUGCCAAAAUGUUGAUGAGGGCUUUGUAUUUUCUGGGGAUACAGCCCAAACCAUUGCCAGGGGGGUAGAUUUUAGAUUUGAAGAUGUGCGGACUUUGUUCUAUGAGCAGUUCGUCUUGAAAUCGAAAGGUGGUUUACAUGCCACACGAAAAGAUAAAGGCCAUAUUUCCAAGGUGUCUUGUUUACACCAGAACUUUCGUACACAUGCUGGCGUUCUCAGGCUUGCUCAGAGUGUUAUUGAUAUUCUUUCUCACUAUUUCCCUUUGUCAAUUGAUGUUUUGUCUCCAGAGACAAGCCUUAUAUAUGGUGAGGCUCCAGUGUUGCUUAGGCAGCAGGGUAGCAAUGAAAAUGCUAUUGUAACCAUCUUUGGUAACAAUGAAGGUGUUAGUGGGAAGAUGGUAGGCUUUGGUGCAGAGCAAGUGAUAUUAGUACGUGAUGAGUCUGCUAAAUGUGAAGUUUCUGAUCUUGUUGGGAAACAGGCACUCAUUCUAACUAUAGUUGAAUGCAAAGGAUUAGAGUUUCAAGAUGUGCUGCUUUACAACUUCUUUGGUACUUCACCUCUGAGGAAUCAGUGGAGAGUAGUGUAUGAAUUCAUGAAACUUCAAAAUUUACUUGACUCAAGAUUUUCACAGAGCUUCCCAUGUUUUACUGAAGCACGGCACACAAUAUUGUGUUCUGAACUGAAGCAGCUAUAUGUUGCUGUAACUCGCACUAGGCAACGGUUAUGGAUCUGUGAACGCGUUGAAGAGUUUUCAAAACCAAUGUUUGAAUAUUGGAUGAAAAUGGGCCUUGUGGAAGUAAGGGAUGUCAAUGAAUCUCUUGCACAAGAUAUGCGCAUGGCGAGCACUCCUGAGCAGUGGAAAUCUCGGGGAUUAAAACUUCUUUGGGAGAAAAACUAUGAAAUGGCUAUCAUGUGCUUUGAAAGGGCAGGAGAGAGGAACCUGGAGAAGCAAGCUAAAGCUUCAAUUCUUAGGGAAACUGCUGACCGAAUGCGAGAUUCAAACCCCAAUGCAUCUAUUUCCAAUCUCAGGGAAGCUGCCGAAAUAUUUGAGUCAAUUGGAAGAUUUAAGUCUGCAGCCGAAUGUUUUUGUGACUUGAAGGAGUAUGAACGUGCAGGAACAAUUUAUUUGAAGAAGUGUGGGGAACAAGAACAAAAAAAAGCUGCAGAGUGUUUUACAUUGGCAGGACGUUAUGAAACUGCCUCUGAGAUAUAUGCAAAGCAAAACUGUUUCUCGGAGUGUUUAUAUGUCUGCAGCAAGGGUCACCUUUAUGAUGUGGGUUUUCAAUAUGUAGAGCACUGGAAACAACAUGCUGUACUGUACAAUGAUAAGGAUGGAAUAGGGAAAGAAAUUGAAAGAAUUGAACAGGAGUUUCUAGAAAGGUGUGCAUCUGAUUACUCUGACUGCAAUGAUAGGAAAUCAAUGAUGAAGUUCGUUAAAGCUUUCAAGUCAAUGGCUGAUAAGCGCCAGUUCUUGAAGAGUCGGAAUUGUCUGGAUGAGUUGUUACUGUUAGAAGAAGAAUGUGGAAAUUUUGCUGAAGCUGCAGAGCUUGCUAAGCUGAAAGGGGAUGUUCUACAAGAGGCAGAUCUUCUUGGUAAAGCUGGGAAUUUCAGCAAAGCAUCCUCACGUGUCCUUUGGUACGUCUUGGUCCAUUCUUUGUGGGUUCACAGAUGCAAGCCAUGGCCCCUGAAGUCUUUUGGGUCUAAGAAUGAGCUCUUGAAUAAGGCCAUUUCGCUUGCAAGGAAUGGAUCUGAUAUUUUUUAUGAGUCUGUAUGCACAGAGGCAAAGGUGUUUGAACGCGAGCAAAAUAACUUAUGUGAAUUGAGGCGUGCUCUAAGUGCUUCUCAGAAGUGUGGGAGUCUUAGAGGUGAAAUUUUAUGUCUCAGGAAAAUUAUGGAUGCUCACACUGAAGUUAAAGCCUCAUUUUAUUCAUGGGAAGAUGAGUCCCCUGUAGACCUGAAGUUCGGUGAGGAUACAAUGUUUUGUAACCAGCUCUCUCUUAAAUCCCUCUGUCAUUUCUGGAAUCUUUGGAUACAGAAUGUCAAAGACAUCCUUGAAUCUCUUCACUGCCUUGAGGUGACUCAAAAUUUUGGAAGAUAUAAAGGCUCUGGUGAGUUCUGCCUGAACUAUUUUGGAGUGAGGCGGCUAUUCAGUGCUGAUUCAAAAACCAGGUAUAUCAUGCUAAUCCCUGAUGCUGAAUGGGCUUCAAAGGUUGAUAAGAGUUUCAUGAGGCAGAACCAAACAGUGCUCUCAAUUGAUGAACAACAGUUCAUAACUGCUGCACGGAAUCACUGGAGAAGUGAGGGGCUCUCUCUUGGCAUUAAAGUCCUGGAAACUCUUGAAUCAUUGUAUAAAUUUUCUAUGGGGACAUUGCCUGUGUUUAGAAAAAGUGUUUGCCUCUUAAGUUUACAUCAGAUAUCAAAGUUUCUUCUCGAGUCCAAGGAUUUAAACUGCAGGAAUUAUGACGGGAAACUAGUAAAGUUCUUCCAGCUCUCGAUGAAUUAUUUUGAGAAUGUUUUUUCUAUUCAUGCCCAGAGUUCUCUGGAGGAAAACAUGAUUUCUCUAAGAGGAACUGAUGUUUCCCAAAGCUUACUUGAAGAAGAAUUUAUCAGCCACAGUCUUAGUAGAAAAGGUGAAGUGGCUACAUUUGGGCAAAUUGGACGGUUCAUGACGAUAUGGUUAGGGUCUGCCAAACCUUCAGAUGAACUGUGCAAUGAGCUUUUGUCAAGAACCAGAGAGGACUCAGCCUGGAUAGCUUUCAUAGAGAUUCUGAAGAGUGGUAAAGAGCCAAGGAAGUUGCUUCAUGGGUUCCAUCAAGCUUUGGGAGAAACAUAUCAAGUCUAUUGGAAUAACAUGCAUGACUACAUUUCACCUCACUGCUUCUUAUUUCUCGUUGAGCGCUUCUUGAUCUUGGUUUCCUGUUCCAAUGCCUCCUCCUUUUACACAACAAGGUCCUCUUUUCUGGAGUGGUGGAUGCGUACUCAACCAGAUGCUGCCAUUUCCACUCACAGUCUUCCAAAUCAAGAAUCUUGUAUGUUCUAUGAAUCAAUCCUUUCCAUGGUGCUUGAGCUCCUCCUCCAGAAAGUUAACAGAGAUCUGUGGGUUGUGAAGUUCGGCGUUAGAUCCAGUGAGUAUCACAGGAGUCUGGUUUUGAGGUUGGUGCUCAUUCUGUGCACGCUCUGCAUGAACUAUGACUCGAGGGAACCAUUGAGUCGUCUACAGACUGUACUGACAACUAAUUUUAUCUGGUCUGAGCUUCCGAGAGAAUUCACUCAAGUUUUCAGGAGAGGGAGGCAAACAUAUGCAAAUCGGGCACUCAUCGCCGAAGCUCUCCAGGCGAUAGGAAAUCCUGGUUUUCUUGUGCGCCUUGACAUCACCACUCCCAAAUUUGCGUGUCCUCCCUACAUUACUGCCAUAGAUAUGCCUACUAAUUCCACUUGGGAGGACAUCAUGCAUACGGUGUUUCCACGGAAAAGAUGUGUUUCUAUCGCACAGAAGAACUCAUGUUGUCUGCUUCCUUUGAGCGUAUACCAUGGGAUGAAGAGUUCCAUGCUGGAGCCUCCUUCAAACAACAAAGCCUCAAAGCAAAGCACUUUGAAGAUGAAAUGGUCUGUUUUGGAUGAUGUUUUUGUUUCUCCGGAUUUGAAGGAUGACAUGGAUGAAUGUUUAGAGUUCAUGACUGCGGUGGUUGAUCAUCUGUCUGGAGAGAAGACAAUUCCCUCCAGGGAAGGCGCAAAUGUUUGUGAGGAAAUGCAAUGCAUGCUUCUAGAUUUCAAACAACUUUCAGACUCAUUGAGUACAAGUAACACGGAUGAAGAGGAAAAGAGAGGAAAUAUUAGCAAAGUGCGGAAGAGCUUGUUGUUGCGGAAGGGUAGAGUGGAAGGCUUCUUGAACAGUGUCAUUGUGAGGAAGGAUGGUAUGGAGUACUUUAUAUCAGUUCAUUCAGACGAACCGGCUUCGAAUGAAGAAGAAGAUGAUAAGCUUGAUGAUGAGGCCACUGAUAUGAAGUUGGGUAAACAGCAGCAACAGCCAGGGAAUGGGAAGAAAAAAGCGAAGAAAACAAAGGCUAAAGGAGGAGGUCGUGGAAAGAGGUGACAGCAUGCAACAUAUGCAUGAGUGAAUGGAUGAACUACUACUGUAUGUAUUCUUUUGUGUUGUGUAAAAUGCUAUGCAUUUAUCUAGUAACAUGCAUGAUGAUGGCCCUCUGCCCUGAGGGAAUUUGAUGAUAAACCUAUGUGAUAUGAUAUGUCUGUCAUCUGAGACCACCACCUAAGUUUCAUUUUUUCACAACUUCUGUAGUUGGUCAAAUGCAUGCAUGCUACCUCCUCAAUUGUAAUAGUCCCCUCAUCUACCAUAUUUUACAAUAACCUUCUAUCUUAUAGUACAAAAGCUAUGAAUAAUUGAAAAGAAUGCC